UUAGGAGUUAUUUGGCCGGGCAAAAUCCUAAACGCAUGGCAUACUUCGGUUAGGAGGGGGCGAAGGGGAAAAACUAUGCCCGCAUCCAAUGAUAUGGUAUGGAACCCUAUCCUAUCCUCCCGGUGGGGUUCGACAAUGUUGGGCCAGUUGGGUUCAUACAGGAGGGUAUACCCAUCCGGGAGCCUCCUACGAAUUUUAUUCAAGGCGAUUUUGGAUACACGGGAAGGGAUGUCAAGGACGUAGAAGAUGGGGAGCGGAAAGUAACCGGCAGCAUUAAGCCGCUCCUCCCACGCAUCCUGGGUUUCGUUUUCAGGGUCAUAGGGACCCGGUUCGUCAUCGACCGGGUCAUCCCUCCCCAUGAAAUUUUCACCGGGCAUCUGAUUAACAGGAUGCGGGUCGGGAAUAGAGGAGUUGGGAACCUGACUGAGCGUGGAGUCAGGAGAAGAAGACCCGGUCGAGGAAGAUGAGUUGGAGUCCUCGGAGGAGCAGUCCUCUGAGGACGAGAUCCUAUCGCUAAAAGAAGACAUGGCCGGGAAAGAAAAAAGAGAAGGAAGGGGAAACUUACUUGACUCGGAGGGCUGGAUAGCGAAGAGAAGGAACUUGACCGGUGAAAGCUAGUCCGAAGCAAUCCACGAUUCACCACCCCUCAGAAUCAGAUCGAAAUGUCGAGCUCCUAUUCUUCUCUCUUACUUUUACAGACACGAUUAGCAUGAGAGAGGGACGUCGCCUAGAGGAAGAGCCAAUGACGGGGUUAGGGUUUAGAGCCUAAUCCCUCGCCUUAUUUCCGAUGGAGGAGCGACGAUGUAGCGACGGUCUAGAGCUGCUACCAACGGGAACCUGACGACAAUUUAGCGACGAGUCCAAUGCCAAACUAAAAAAAAAUCUGCGUCCAUUCUUGUUUGGUGGCGUAAAUGUUGGAACAACUAGCAGCUCAAAGCAAGAUAGGCCGGACCAUGAAGCCACUCUCCAAAGUACUUCAGUUAUGAUUUACCCGUGAGUUGUGUUGUUUUCUUUGCUAAAGUUUGCUAAGCUUUUGUCUAAAAUUGACAGUUUACAUAAGGAUUCUAUGUUUCAAUAAAGCCUCAAGACGCUUUUCAUUUGUAAAUAUUAACUAAGAUGAUUGGAAUAUAUGUAUAUGAACUAGUAUUGCAUCGGUAUGAUCACAUGUCCAAGUUGGAUUCGACAAAGAAGAUACACAUUUUUAUCCAUUUCCAAAUAUACCAAGUAUUUUUUUCAUAUUGUUUUAGGAGAUGGAAAUUAUUGUGUGAUACAUGUAAGUCUUGUGUCUAUUCCGAAUGUAGUUGGUGAUCAGGUUAGUUUAUCUUUUUAAUUUUGUACAAUGACACAUACGUGUGACUAGGAAUGAUUGUGCGACUAAAAUUUUGUGUUCUUAUAGUGAAAAUAGGAAUCCUGAUUUUUGCUACUGGUUGUUAGUUUAUUUCUUGGAUUUUAGUUUCUAAAUAUAGGGGAUUGCUUCGUUUAUGCUAUUUCUUUGUAUUCAGGUUUGGCAGAAUGGAGAUAUCUUCCUGGUGGUUAGGUAAGUCUAUUUUUUUAAUUCUAUACAAUGAAAAAUAUGUGAUUGAAAAUGACUGUGGAACUAAACUUUUGUGCUCUUAUAGUGAAACAAUAGCACCUUCUAUUACUUUCUUGGAAGAGACUCAGCACUAUAGAUUAUGCACGGUGUAAAAACAUAAAGAAUGAACUAGAGGUCAGUUUCAUUGCCCGGUUCUAUUUCACACCGAAUUUGAAAUUAAUUGCAAAUUUACCAUGGGGUCAUUCAGAUUUAAUAGAAGAUGAUGAAAUCUUCCCAUGAUUAAGAAUUUGUACAGUGAUACUGGCCGACUGAUGCAAGGUCAAUAUUUUAUUUCUUACAUGUACCGUGUGCACCUUUAAUCUUUUUUGCUGAUAAAUUUAAAUUGAUUUAUGUCUUACUUUUGUGAUACGUACAUCUUCUAAAAUGAUAUUUCCUGCCUUUACAUUUUGAGUAAAGAUGCACAGUGGAUAGCUCUAGGCACACACAGACACAUACUUUAUUAUGAUAUUUUAUGAGUAGGGCAUGUUUUAUUAGUUUGCUUAAUAUACUGAUCAUUUCAGGUCAAGAUAAAGACUCAUGCACUCAUGUUGAGAAUGAUGAAGUUCAAGUGGAGUUGGAGGAGGUGGUUGAUUCAUUUGUGCAACAGAUUUCGAUCAUAUUACUAUAUUCAAGUUAAAUAUAUGAAGUCUACGAUGUACAAGUGUAACUUUGAAGUAAAUUGGCAUUGUAGUCUACUUUUAAAAUUGGAUGACUUGUGUAUAAAGUAUUUGCCAAUUAAAAUGUUGAUAUGAAG